AUGCAAACAGAGGCCCUAGAUGUUAUUAAGGAAGAGCACACGAUGCCGGCUCAAAGGAGAAGGAACAAACGAGAGGUCCCAUUUACACACGACGAGAAAAGGAUAGCAGGGGUUGAUGGGUAUGGAUUCCCUACCCUCGAGGGUCUAGUAGGCCUCUACUCGGACGGUGUCAACGAAAGAGGUUACUUCAUGGCAGUCUUGGAAGCCUCCAGGGAAUGUCUCAUGAAGAACCACGACCUGUUCUCAAGAACUGUGCCAAUGGGUAUGGAUUUUUGA